AUGACUUAUGUUGUGACCGCUGAUGUAGAAAUUGUUAGAGUUAUUGAAGGCAUGAAUUCCAAGAGUACACCAAGUAAUUCAGAAAGCCUAAAAAGUUACCUUAGAACUUCUGGCACGCACGCCCAACCAACACAGGUUCAUGGCGAAAGCUAUGGCCAAAAUAAAUCUAAUGAGUUCACGGAGGGUUUAUCAUUUCUCAGGUGGGCCAACAUGAUUAAAGAUAGUCGCAUGCGUGAAUUUGAACCGAACGAAUUAGAAGAAAUUGUUGAAGGACCUUCCGAAACAACUAACUUAGACCUCGAAAAAGGGAAUCGCGACAGUAAUAUUAGUGGCAAAUCUGUGUUGCACGAACAUGAUGUAGAAUAA